UAGUUCUCGCUCACUGGUUGACAGUAUCAUCAAAUUGAAAAAAUUGCUGCUUAUAUCUUAACUUGUUCUCUUGAGACAACACUUAGAUGGGGAAGGCACAGAAAAAGACUGGGAAGGGCCGUCUAGACAAGUACUACAAACUUGCAAAAGAGCAAGGUUACCGUGCUCGAUCUGCAUUCAAGCUCAUCCAGUUAAACAAAAAGUAUUCUUUCUUGGAGUCCGCGAAAUGUUGCAUAGACUUGUGUGCUGCUCCUGGAGGCUGGCUACAAGUUGCUAGCAAAUACAUGCCCGUUAACAGCAUCAUCGUCGGUGUUGAUUUGGUCCCUAUAAGACCUAUACCUCGUGUUUCUACAUUCGCCGCCGAUAUUACCACGCCGCAGUGUCGCAACCUCAUUCGAGGAGAGUUGAAAGAUUGGAAGGCGGAUGUCGUUCUACAUGAUGGUGCUCCGAACGUCGGUACUGCUUGGGUGCAGGAUGCAUACAGCCAAUCGGAACUUGUCCUUAUGAGUCUGAGACUGGCUGUCGAGUUUCUGAUUAAAGGCGGAACUUUCGUGACGAAGGUAUUCAGGAGUGCGGAUUACAACAAUUUGAUUUGGGUCUUCAAUCAGCUAUUUGGAAAGGUUGAGGUAACGAAGCCGCCGUCUUCUAGAAACGUAUCUGCAGAAAUCUUCGUCGUGUGUAGGGACUUCUAUGCGCCAAAACACAUUGAUCCCAAAUUUCUGGAUCCCAAGUAUGCAUUCAAGGAGUUAACAUCAUCUGCGCUUAGCACGGACAAGGGUGCUACCUCGAUCAAUGCACAUGCAAAUGUUUUCAUGCCUGAGAAGAAACGACGACACCGAGAUGGUUAUGCAGAGGGGGAUUAUACCCUUCACAAAAGCAUGACGGCUGCGGAGUUUAUCAAAUGUCCUGAUCCAGUGUCCUUCUUGGGUAGCGUCAAUCGAAUUGUAUUCCAGUCGGAGGAAGAAAAACAAUGGGCAGCUCUCGAUAUUACAACUCCGGACAUCAAAGCUAAUUUGGAGGAUCUAAAGGUGCUUGGGAAGGGUGAUUUUAAAGCAUUGAUAAAAUGGCGUUCGGCUUUGAGAACCGAGCUCGGACUUGAUAACGUGUCUGUUCCUACAGAAGAGUUGACGGAAACAGUAGAGAUUGUGGAGGAGGUGGAUCAGGAGCAAGCUAUCGAGGAAGAACUCGAGAGAUUUAACGCCGAGGCCUCGGCAAGGGCUAAGAGAGAACGACGCAAAGCUAAUGAGGCCAAGACACGGACAAUUCAACGGAUGCAGCUUCAAAUGACCGCACCUUUAGAUAUCGGUCUCGAACAGAGUGACGGGAAUCUGGGUCUCGGGCAGGAUGACAUGUUCGAUCUUGAGACUGCGGAAAAUGGUGUUGGAAAGAGACGCUCCGUAGCAGGUCUUGUUACAGACCGUGACCAAGGUAGCGAAAGCGACAAUUCAUCAAGCGAACCUGGUACAGACGAUGACGAGGAGGAAGUGGACGGGGAGGAAGGGGAAGCCAGGAUUGCUGGACUUGAAGCUGAACUCGAUGGCCUCUACGAUGCCUACAAAGAGCGGCUGAAUGAGAGGGAUGCAAAGUUCAAGGCCCGAGAGGCUCGCAAACACAAGGAGAAAGAAGAUUGGUUUGGGAUCGGGACAGAGAAGAGCGAUGAAGAGGAUGUGAGCGGCGAAGAAGGUGGAUGGGACCGUGUCGAGGAAGCGAAGGCAGGUGCUGAUGACGACUCCUCGUCUGAUGAUAGCAGCGACAAUGACUCGGAAAGCUCGGAAGAAACUCCAUUAAAAGGACGGAAGCGUAAACCAGGCAGCACGAGAGAGCCAUCUGCGAAGAAGACCAAGCUCGUUUCAAAUCUUGUGAACAACAAGACCAGUCGAACUGCUCAGCUAUGGUUUGACCAGGAAGUCUUCAAGGACGUCGAUAUGGAUAAUAUCGAAGACGAUGAGGAUGACGAGGGUCUGCAGUCGAGUGCGGGAGAAGAUGAUAGUGACGAAGCUAACGAUUCCAACGAGGUAUCGGAUUCGGAAAAUGACUUUGAAGUCGUACCGAAAGGCAAUGAUGAAGAUAUCGAAAUGUGGGAUGCAAACGGCGCAAGCGACAACGAAGGCAAGGAAGCGAAGGCCUUAAAAAACGGACUUAUGACCGCCGAGGCUGUGACGCUAGCCCAACAGCUUGUCAACAGGGAAAAGACAAAAACACAACUAAUCAACGACGGAUUCAAUCGCUACUCACUCAACUCGAAGGAAGGUUUACCUCCGUGGUUCCUCGACGAUGAGGCGAAGCAUUACAAGCCUAACAUACCAGUGACAAAGGAAGCCAUAGACAUUCUCCGCGCAAGACAACGAGCUCUGGAUGCUCGACCUAUCAAGAAAGUUGCUGAGGCCAAAGCACGAAAGAAACAUAAGGCAUUGCAGAAGUUGCAGAAAGCCAUGAAGAAGGCGGAGGGUGUGAACGAGUCGACUGACAUGUCGGAACGGGAAAAGGCGCAGCAGAUUCAGAAGCUCAUGCUUAAGGGUCUUGCUAAGGCGAAGCAAAAGAAAUCCGAAGUUAAAGUCGUGGUCGCAAAAGGGCCACACAGAGGUAUACAAGGAAGACCGAAGGGCGUGAAGGGACGAUACCGGAUGGUGGACUCAAGAGGAAAGAAAGAGCUUCGUGCGAAGAAGAGGCAAGAGAAGGCUAACAAGAAGAGGAGAUAAGCAAUCAAAUCCACCGAGAUCCACCUGCUAUGGUAUUGACUAGACUAGAGUGAUAUUGCAUUGUAAUAUACGUUCAUGUUGUGCUAUGCCAUAUAUCCCAUCAAUUGCUCAGCUUAACUGCUCCUCGUUAACAGAGGGGUCGUCUACACAGAGAUCGGGACGUUUUGGAGGUUGCUUCUUAUAGCCAAGCGACGUGAUUUCAUCGACGUCUCUUAGGAAGCUCAACCAGGCGAAACUAGAAAGUGCUUCCUUGCAUGUAACCUCGCAGUUUACAAGUUUUUGGCCCGACUCAAGGUCGUAAGUACUCUCAGUCGUUGUCAAGAUGCGACGGUCAUCAAAGGUAGGGGGAGACAGGGAGUCGAAAUCCGGUGCAGAUUCAUGGUCUGGAUCAAGAGUCUCAGUACUCCGCCUGAUACUGGCAUUCAACUCCAGUAUAUAUUUGUCAUCUCCGUCCUCAAUAAAUAGGGGUGGCUCGGGAGGACUAUGUUCGAUCUCUGCAUUGUCAAGAUAUGCUUUGAGAGCGUCAAAAUACUUUUCGAGCUCAGGGAAGCUGCUGACUGGAGCGGACUCGACAGAGCCUGACACUGUAAAUUUCACAUCCAUGGGCCGAUCUGGAAGUGCAACUAAAAAUUCUAGUUCUUUUGCCCUAUAGCAUAUUGGCUCGCUGUUUGACUGUGUUUGUACAUGGGGAACUUCGGUAUCGACGUCUUCGGAUCCGAGAACAGGUUCAUCUUCCGAAGAAGCUUCUGCUCCUUCGUAGUCUGACUUUCUAGUCUUAACAUCAGUCGCUGCCUCCAAUUUGUCUGGCUCGGAUUCGAAAGUACGGUCUUCGUGUUCAAAUUUACCAACAUCAGAAUCCUGUUGUUCACUAGCUUCGACCAAUGUGUUCUGUUGAUCUUCAGAUGGCACUUGCAGCUCCUCAAUGAAGAGACCGUCCAGUUCUUCUCUCGUCAAAGCUUCAUCCCGACUAACAAGGUCAAAUCUCGUUUCUGCAUCGGAUUGCUCCGAACCUUCCUGUCCUUGAAGCUUCUGUUUGUUAAUGAUGACCUCUGCGCGAAUAAUGUUAUCCGGACUGAAAGUCCCCUCUCGACUUGCUGCUGAAUCACCCGGUCCUCGGAUACGACGAUACGUUAACCGAUGAACGAUUUCCUCUUGACUUGGUGGAGCAGAAUGCAGGGGUGGCGGAAGACAUGGCAUAAAUAUUCGGUGGGCGGCAUUCCCUUUCAACCAAUCUAGCAACUCGGGAUACUCCCAACGGCCUGGAAAUGGCGGAAUGAUACUCGAUCGAAGCCGAUCAGAUGCCGAUGACAUGACGAGAAGGUGACCUGUUGAUGCUGUUAUGACGAAAGGCCCCAGCCCAUCUUGAAAAGAACUAUUUAUGACAUCUUCUAAUGCGGGAAAUUCCCCGUUGGUGCUGAUAAACAUGCCCUUUCUGUUUCCGUUCUCUGGUGCAAAUGAAGUUAGGGCCGUGCCUUUGUUCCCAAACCCAUCGCUGACUCUUCGGCUGCGAAAGGUUCCUCCUUCGGCAGUCGUCCAUGGGAGACUCCGUUGGGGGACGAAAGGAAACAACGAGUAAGAGGAUGGGGAUUCUUCGGGCGGAAGGCUGGAAGGCAAGGGUACGAGAGCUGCGAAGGGAGUCUCAAGGCCGUGCUUUAUUUGUACAGCAGCUCGAGUAGCUAGCCGUCUAGCCAUAUUCAAGAGACGUUGAUUAUUGGCUCGUAUUCGAACCUCGCCUUCGGAUCCAAUAUUCUCGAUGAACGCGUUAGCUGUCCGUGACACUCUCUGAAGCAGAUUGAACGGCAGGGGUUCUUUGGUUGGAAGCACUAUCUUUUCUUCUAUGAUAGACUUUCUCCGGUUUGACAUCAAGGUUUUCAAUUGCUUGAUACGGCCCAAUGAACCUUCUAUCCGAAGACAAAGUGGGUCUGGAGUAACGGAUAUGUGAACAUUGUAUUCGCUAGACAGAUGGAGAAGUUCGGAUCCAUCUUUUCCAAGCAGUAAGAAAAGCUCGCUAGCAGAGAUCGGGAAGGUCUUUACAACCACUUCACUCGCUUCUCGUUUCUGCUGUUCAACCUCCUUGAGGUUUUUCCAGCCCCAUUCCCUCUCCAUUAUAUCCUCCACAUAUUGCACCUUCUUUCUACCUGAUUUUGACAAAGCGCGCUCGUAACUCAACUCUUUGCAGAAUCGAUGUAGCUGGUCUUUGCUGAAAGCGCGGCAAAUACGGUCAACAAGUUCUAAAUAAGCGGGUGCAUAUCCAGGGGAUUCGACGGUAGGUCUGUAUUUCGGGGUGAGUCGCAUCAGGUCUUCAAUUGUGGGCUCGAUGCCUUCGGUCCGAAGCGAAAAAAGGUAGCUAUCGGUUCUGUUGGGACCCACCCAAUGGUUGCUGUCGGGAUCCGGAAGUAAAGCUUGCCAAACAGUCUUUUUCGUAGAAGAAGAAGAGCUUGGUGGCUCCUCAGACAUGUUCUCCUCGUGCGUCGAGUUGUCUUUCGCAUCGAC